AUGUUCGCUUGGGAUUACUGCCUUACGAUGGGGAUGGAGAUAGAAUACGUCUGGCCCGGAAAAUGGAACACGUUGAAGAUCAUCUAUCUCGUCCAACGGUAUAUGCCUUUCAUCGACACGUUCUAUUUGGUCCUUUGGGGCCAAUUUGGGAGUAGCCUGAGCCCUUCGACGUGCCAUAGAAUAAAUAAUUGGGUUCGAGCGCUGACGUUGGUUGGUUUGGCGUCCUCUGAGAUGAUCCUCACGCUAAGAGCGUGGGCUGUCUGGAAUCGCAACAAGGCUCUAUCCAUAUUUCUCCCCAUCGCCUUCGCCGCAUGCUGGAUUCCUCAAAUAAUUCUAACCGUUCGAUUUGUGAACUCUCUGGGUUUCAUCGAUGCUCCCUCUCCUUUUCUGGGUUGCUUCAUUGUCAAGGCGAACGACGACAUAGUUUUUAACUGGGCUCUAUUCAUGCUAUGGGACAGUCUUGUCUUAAUUCUUAUGAUAAUACCGGCACUGAAAGCCUACCACUUCCGCGGCCAUUCUGCACUGUAUAGUACAGUUUAUGCUGAAGGGAUCAUGUAUUAUGUCUACCUUUUCUUCCUCUCGCUUGCCAACAUCAUCCUCAUUCGCCUUAAAUCUAUUGAUGUUGGCUAUCGGCUUGUGAUGGUCACGCAAGUCCAUUUCUUCGGUGGUAUUGUUCUCGCACUAAAUCAAUUCAACUUCCAGGAUGGAACGCUGUCUUCACUCUAUGCUCACUAG